AUGGCAAUAGCUCAUAACAAGCUUUAUUUGGGCAUCACUGGGACAGCUCUGUGCGAGAAUCCCUCACAGGAGAAGACCUUCGGAGACCAGGACAUGGAGCUACUGCCUAGAAGGAGAAGAGGGACAAAAUCUAUUUGUGCUAACAUAAAUGUGCAAAAUAAAAGUGCUAACAUUGACAAUAAAGUAAGAAGAAUUGGACCACACAUAGAAAUCUUCCAAGUGUUCCAGGAAAGGAAAAAACAUAAAAUCACCAAAAAAACAGUUAAAAUGAUCACUGUCAUGCAGGCAUAUAUCAGAGGCUGGCUUGAACGCAAAAGAUUCCAAAGAGUAAUGACCAAGGCUUUGUAUCAUGGGCCAAAUUUGGGAGCAGUUAUAAAAAUGUAUCACAGACUAAUGCAUCGUGUUAAAUAUCGACUUGGUCUUUGGAGGACAAGACAAAUCGUAAACUUUGCAGAGCUAGAGGAAUGGAUGGACCGAAAAAAAUUCUAUGAAAUAAUGUUUGCUAAGAGAGAAUAUUGGCAAGGAUUAGAAAGAAGUAAGCUCCUUAAGUACUUCAACGACUGUGGUCAUUUCCCAACCCAGCAGCAAAUUGAUAAGGUUUGGGACCUGGUCCAUAGAGAAGACACUGUAAAAUAUUCUGAAAUCAUCAAGAAGUCCAAUGCAAUUGAAAUGUUGUUUACGCUCUAUCCUCCUCAAGGUGCCCAUGUGCAUAGUAAUGUGCAAGUUAGAUCAACCUGGCUGAGACCCAUAGUGAAUGGAGAAGAAGGAUAUAAAUAUAUAGUGAAUGGACAUCCAAUACUCAAAAGAGCUAAUAUCCAGAUUGUUGGGAAGUUAGUAUCCAGAUCUAUGAGAGACAGGAAAAUGAGACAACAUUAUUAUCAUGAGAAGUAGAAUCAUGUUUUUCUUCAAACAAUAUUGUUAGCAUAGCACUUGAACCUAUCUAUCCAGAGAUAGGCUCACAUUGGACAUAGAUUAAUUCUGUACCAACAGCAAAAAAAGGACAAGCAUCUUUACAUAUUCAAAGGAUUUCAACAAGUAAGUUUAUAAUUUAUAAUAUCCUUGGAUGAACCAUUCAUUAGAUCUUCUGAAAAACACCUGUUUUAUCAUGAUGAAGUUGAAACCAUAGAGGGUCAGACAUUCCUUUCACUGGACUUCAGUUUGUUUUGUUAC